UGAUGCCUUAAGAAACAAUAAAGGCCUAUGUGGUAAUGCCACUGGACUAAUGCCUUGUGCUGUCGCUGCUGCCAGCAACGGUCAUAGAAAAAGCACCAAAGUCAUCAUUUUCAUUGUGAUUCCAUUCUUUGGUCUUCUUUUUCUCUUUAUCAUGAUUGGAAGUAUCCUUAUUCUUUGCCAAAAGAACCGAACCAGAAAAUCUGAGUCAAUAGAGGCACAACUCGGAGAAUUUUUCACAUUGUGGGGAUAUAAUGGAAGAAUACUCUACGAGAACAUUAUUGAAGCCACUGAAGAUUUUAGCUCCAACAAUUGCAUUGGUUCAGGAGGCUAUGGAACUGUUUAUAAAGCUGCGCUACCCAUUGGUGAGGUGGUUGCUGUGAAGAAACUUCACCAAUCUGAAGAUAGCAUGACUUCGAACAACUUGAAAGACUUUGAAAGCGAGAUUCAUGCUUUAUCAGAAAUAAGGCAUCGUAACAUUGUGAAGCUGUAUGGCUUUUGUUCACAUCCAAAGAACUCAUUUUUGGUUUAUGAGUUUGUAGAAAGGGGAAGUUUGAGAAAGGUGUUAAGCAACAAGGACGAGGCAAUGGAGUUGGAUUGGGAGAAGAGGCUAAAGGUUGUAAAAGGAGUGGCCAAUGCCUUGUCUUAUAUGCAUCAUGACCAUUCACUACCUAUAAUUCAUCGAGACAUUUCCAGCAACAAUGUUCUUCUGGAUUUGGACUAUGAGGCUCAUGUUUCAGAUUUUGGCACAGCCAGGCUUUUAAAGACCGAUUUUUCCAAUUGGACUUCACUUGCUGGUACUUUUGGGUACAUAGCUCCAGAGUUGGCUUAUACAAUGAAAGUAGACGAGAGAUGUGAUGUUUACAGUUUUGGGGUGCUAACAAUGGAAAUACUUAUGGGGAGGUAUCCUGGUGAUUUAAUUUCAUGUUUGCCAUCAUCGUCAUCGACAUCGCCAUCAACUUCGACAUCGAUACCAAAUGACAACCAAUUGAUUUUACUUAAAGAUGUGAUAGAUCAACACCUCUCACCACCAAUGAGGCAAGUUGCAAAGGAUGUUGUCUCUACUACAAAGCUAGCAUUUGCAUGCUUGAAUGGCAGCCCCCAACUUCGACCAACCAUGCGACAAGUUGCUCAAGCCCUUACCCGUCAAUCGCUUCCAUUGCUCAAUCCUUUUUCAAUCAUAAAAUUGGGAGAAUUGUGGGAUCUUGAAGUCUACAGUGGCUAAUAUUAAGGUGCUAAUAAUUUGAAUAAUAAUUCUAAGCAUGUGUAUUUACUUUCAAUCUAUUUCUUUUUCUCUUCUUUGUAUUGAAAUGUUUAAGCACUCUAGUAAAAAAGCUUUUGUAGUGAAUUGGCUAUGAUAUAAAACAGAUGUGUUUAAGCAUGUGAUAUAGAACAGCUGUAUUUAAGUACUCAAUUUGUAUGUUCAAAAUUUUCUAUUUAUGG